CAGUUUGAGGCCUCAUGACCCAGGCCAGAAGCCAGGGACUGCCAGGAGAGGUCUCAUUAAAAUCAAAAGGAAAUGGGAAAAGGGACCUCUCUCAGUAGACUGUGACUCAGAGCUGCAGGGUGUACCAGGCAGCGCCCCUGGCUGGUGGGAACCUGGUCCAGUUUGGAGUAAUGAUUGAGAGAAUGACAGGAAAGCCCGCCCUGCAGUACAACGACUACGGCUGUUACUGUGGUGUUGGUGGCUCCAACUGGCCGGUGGACCAGACGGAUUGGUGCUGUCACGCCCAUGACUGCUGCUAUGGCCGCCUGGAGAAGCUGGGCUGUGAUCCCAAACUGGAAAAGUACCUCUUCUCUAUCACCCGGGACACCAUCUUCUGUGCUGGUAGAACGACUUGCCAGCGGCAGACCUGUGAGUGUGACAAGAGAGCUGCCCUCUGCUUUCGCCACAACCUGGGCACUUAUAACCGCAAGUAUGCUCACUACCCCAACAAACUGUGCACUGGGCCCACCCCACCCUGCUGAGGUCCUGCUCCGCUCCAUAGCCAACCCCCCCACCCCCCGGCUGCUGCCGUCCCAGACCUGGAGAAGCUCGGAAUCCAUAUUCCUCUCCUGCAAACCCAUCCUGCCCCUCAGAGAUGGUGGGCCCGGGUCUCCGGCCUCCAGGGCCACACCUGGUCUCCCGGAUCAGCUAAAGGAACCGCGGGACUCAACAGCGCUCACAAGACCCUAAGUCUCCCCUGGCAUCUCAGUUCCCUCUUCUGAAUAAGCGAAUUCUUUUCCCCUGUAACAGUCUCCAUUGUUCCUCCAGACUUUACACAGUCACUUGCAUUCGCCCAUCCAUCCAUCCAUCCAUCCAGUCAUAUUUUGAGCACCUAUCCUGGGCCAGCACAAUGCUAAGCACUGCCACACAGUGGGGACAGAUGCACACAGUGGCUCCUGUCUGCCGGGCAGCAAUAAAUCCUUUAUUUUCUAUAGCAGUGAAUUCCUAUGUUUCCAUACCCUGAAACUCGAGCUGUGAAACAACAACCCGACCCUGAGCUCACACAGAGACCCACCCACCUGCCUCUGCCUCCUGAGGGCUGAGGUGAACAAGUGCCAGCAUGUCCGGAUCCCGAUCUCUCUCUCUCUCUCUCUCUCUCUCUCUCUCUCUCUCUCUCUCUCUCUCUCUCUCCCUCUCUCUCUCUCUCUCUCUUCCGCUCUCUCUCUCUCCAGUCUUAUCCAAGACUGCCAUGGUUCUCUCUGGAAGGAACAUUUCUGGCCAGAUGGCUUACUAUGAGAAGCAUUAAAAAAAAAAAAA